UCUAGAAUUAGUUUCAACUUCCAUCGACACAUCUUCUCCUGUUCAAGAAAGGAGGUUAAAACGAUUGAAGAAGGUGAAAACGGUUGCGGAGAAUCCAUCCCAAUUUGAAGCCCUAGAUUUCGAUAUAUCCGACGGCCAAGCUACUGAGCAGCCGAUAUAGGGAUCUGGGUCCAGGUUCGAGGGUUCUGACGAGGAAAAUGAAUUGAGUUCAGGCUUUGAUGAGUUACGUGUCCAGGAAAACGAGUUGGGUUCGGUUGCUAAGCGCACGUUGGAUUUUGAUUCCAUGACCAAGGACGUUGAUGGAAAUGGUGAAGAUCACAGUCAAGAGAUGGGAAUUAGGGAUUGGGAAAGGGAGGAAUCGGAAAAGAAACGGCCUAGUUUUGAUGACUUAGAGAGUACAGAGAAGAAAAAGAAAAAGAGAGUGAAAGACCUCGCCGAUGAGGAGAUGCCCAUGUUACCAGAAAGAAGAACAGCGAAGACGAGAACAUCUUGCCCAUUUCGUGCUGGAUCUCAGAGACUGCUGCGAGAAACUAGAGAUGCUGCAUUUAGACCAGCACCCAUUGUUCAAAAACCCAUAUCAUCAGUUUUGGAAAAGAUCCGAAGAAGAAAGCUUGAGGUUUCAAAAAAGACCUGUUUUGUUGUUGAUGAUCAUGAUGAUAAUUCAAGCAACUAUAUGGUGGAGCUUGGAUUUGAAAAUGUUGCUAACGAGGGAGGCAAUGAUGGGGCUGUGGAAGUUGAAAGUGAGGAGGCUAUUUCAAAUCAUGGGAUUUCAGAUACCUUGACUUCUGAUGAAAUACAGAAUGUUGUGAAUGUCUCAAGUCAUGAGAAUCUUUCACCAAAGAUUGCUGUUGAUGAGGAACCCAAACAAGUGUUUCGAGCUCCUAUAAAUGAUACUCAGGAUCUAUUUUCUGAUUCUCAAACAAGUAACUCUAAAGAUGAGCUUGCAGAAGAGGCCCCUAAUAACCCUUUAGAAGAAGUUCUGGCACUAUCCCUGUUUGCUCUGAACUUAAAGCUUGACUCUGCACCUCUUGAUGACAUUUCAUCUGAUGAGGAGGACAAUGACAAGGAGAACAUUGAUCCCUACCUGCAUGAGUCUGUUGAUUUGUCUCCAACACCUAAUGGUGACCCUGUUAAACCAUUUGUUGAUGAAGAAGCUGAAGAAGAAGAUGACAGUGACAAUGACUUACUUCGCUUCCAAGAUGAUGGCAACGAAGAAGAUGAAGAUAGUGAAGAUUUAGAAGAACUUAGGGAUGUGAUAGCCACUGGAUAUGAAGAAAAGCGAAGUGAUAUUGAAAGGCGAAUGGAACUCCAUCAGAAGUUGCUUGACCAACAGGAUGCUGCUAAGACAGAGCAAUUAUCGUGGAAAUGGGGUCCAAAACAUAGAGAAACAGCCUUGCUUGAUGAGGAAGGACUUGAGGAAGAUGAUGAAGACGAAGAGGAUUUUCUUGAAACUACAGAAGAUUUACCUCUGGUAAAUUUGCGCAUGCAUAUAAAAAAGAUAAAGGAAAUGAUACCACAAAUGUUUACAGAUAAGGAUGACAUGUACAUAUCAUCUGAUGAUGAGGAAGCAGAAAAAAAGCUUGUUGAACAGUGCUUGUCUGAGAAAGCUAAUCAGCAGGCUGAGCUUUUGCCACCAACAGAGGAUGCAAGGUCCAAAGAACUCUAUGGUUAUAUAAAGAAGGUGAAUAAUAUGCCUGACACCAGAAGAAAAUCCAAAACAUCAUCAUUGCUCUUGAUUUUGGCAGCCUUUUCUAACAUGCUGUUCAUGGGAAAAAAAGGGAAUGUGUCCUCAAAAUCAUCUUUCAUAGGUCGGGGGUCAAAUUGUUCCAUACCAUCAUCUCGCAAGCAUGGAUCAUGCAUCUUACGUUCUUUUGUAUUUGAACGUGAAGACAGCAAUACCAAAAGCACAAUCACAGUGGCAGAAAAUUCUUCUGAUGUGAUCCAAAGGGAGAAUCGGCCAACGAAAACUGCAUCGGCCAAGUUUAAUAGCAACUCGCAAAUCAAACCAAGUUCUAAACCCAGAAAAGAUGAAAUGGAAACAAGUUCAGGAGCUCAAUUAUUGGAAAUAUUAAGGCGUUCCUCACUGCAAACAAGUCACUGCAUUGCAAAAAGGAACAGUAACCAAACGCUGCGUUUUCUAGGAGCCCAAACCCAAUCGAAAAAGGUGAAGAUGAACUGCGGGACAAACACAUCAAGGAUAUGUGGUUAGGAUACGGUCAAACGUGGUACUCAAUUUUUUAAUCAACGUGUCGUGC